AGUAGUUUAGUUAAUGACGGUUGUAAAGGCCCUUGAACCUCUUCAUCCGGGAAUUAUAUAGGACUUGCCGCUUACUGCCCUUUUUUCCCACCCGUGUCUUCUGCCGCGUUGACACACACUCACUCACUCAUCACUCAUGCUUAUCACUUUACUAUAACUUUCAUUCUCCAAAAUUCCCAAACCCUUUACACCAAACAAAAACAAAAAAAAAAUCACCAAACCCGUUCUCUUCAACGAACAUGGCUUCCAUCACCUCCGUCGAACUCAAUUAUCUCGUCUUUCGCUACCUUCAAGAAUCAGGUUUCACACAUUCUGCUUUUGUGUUUGGGAAUGAGGGUGGCAUUAACAAAUGCCCCAUUGACGGAAAUUUGGUACCACCGGGGGCUCUUGUUACAUUUGUUCAGAAGGGACUACAGUUCUUGGAGAUGGAAGCUAACUUGAAUAAUUGUGAUGCAGACUUUGAUGAAGAUUUUUCGUUCUUACAACCUUUGGAUCUUAUCACAAAAGACGUGCAUGAACUUAAGAAAAUGGUAAAUGAAAGAAGGAGAAAACGACAAAGGGGUAAAACUAAGGAAUCUGAAAAAGAGCAUGAUGGUGAUCGCGGACUGACAAGAGAAAAGGAAAGACAGGAAAGGGAGAAAGAACGUGAAAAGGAUAAAGAGAAUUUAGAAAAUCAUAAAGAGCAAGAACUGCAAAAUGAAAAUCAGAUCAGUAGAGAAAUGGUCUCAGAUCAAGAAGAUAAAAUUAAUGGUACUAAAAAAGAAGAUGCUAAAAAGAAAGACAGGGUUAAUGGUACUAAAAAAGAUGAUGGUAAAAAAGAAGGUAAGGUUAAUGGUGCUAAAAAAGAAGAUAAGGUUAAUGUAAAGCUUGAGGAGGAUGGAGCAUUUGGAGGACCAGAGCCCAUGGACAUAUGUACAACAUCAGCAUUUCAGCCGUGUGAAUUUCUUAAGUCUGAUGUGACAAUUUUGGAAGGGCAUAAGUCAGAAGUCUGUGCUUGUGCGUGGAGUCCUACAGGAUCCUUUCUUGCAUCAGGGUCUGGGGAUUCAACAGCUCGUAUUUGGACAAUAGCUGAAGGGACGCGUAAAUUAGAUUCCAAGAACGACCCUUCGAGUGUGUUGGUGUUGCAACACAUCAGGGGUACAACCACUGAAAAGAAUAAAGAUGUCACUACACUUGAUUGGAAUGGGGAGGGGACACUACUUGCAACCGGUUCUUAUGAUGGUCAAGCACGAAUUUGGACCACUAAUGGUGAACUAAAGAGUACAUUAUGCAAACACAAGGGACCCAUAUUUUCUCUGAAGUGGAAUAAGAAAGGAGAUUAUAUUCUUACUGGAGGUUUCGAUGGGUCUGCAAUUGUAUGGGAUGUUCAAGCUGAGAAAUGGAAACAACAAUUUGAUUUUCACAGAGGUAAAUUUUUUACUAUAAUAUUCUUUUAUUUUUUUUACAAAAACUCUAAAAUAGAAUUCUUUGUGAGAAAACCAUGUUUAGGUUCAACACUCGACGUUGAUUGGCGCAAUAAUGUGUCAUUUGCAUCAAGCUCCAAUGACACCAUGAUACAUGUUUGCAAGAUUGGCGAAAACCACCCAGUAAAAACUUUUGCCGGGCACCAGGGUGAAGUUAAUUGUAUCAAAUGGGAUCCCACAGGUUCAAUACUGGCCUCGUGUUCAGACGAUAACACUGCAAAGAUAUGGAGUAUGAAGCAAGAUAAGUAUAUUCAUGAUUUUAGGGAGCAUUCCAAGGAGAUCUAUGCUAUCAGAUGGAGCCCAACUGGUCCUGGUACAAAUAACCCUAAUAAGAAAUUGGUGUUGGCUAGUGCAUCAUGUGACUCUACCGUAAAGCUAUGGGAUGCAGAACUCGGGAAACUAAUUCAUAGCUUGAAUGGACACAGGGAUCGUGUAUAUACUAUUUCAUUCAGCCCCAAUGGUGAGUAUUUAGCCAGUGGGUCCCCUGACAAAUCCAUAAAUAUAUGGUCCUUGAAUGAUGGCAAGAUCAUUAAAACAUACAAAGGCAAUGGAGGUAUUUUUGAGGUCUGUUGGAACAAGGAGGGUGACAAGAUCGCUGCCUGUUUUUCUAAUAAUACAGUUUGCAUUUUGGAUUUCAGAAUGUAAGAUCCUGAGAAGAGCCACCUUACUUUGGCUAGUUGCUCAAAUUAAUUACUUUUACUGUCCAUGAUAUUGAUAGAACUGUAUUUUGGUUCGGUAGUGCCCCAGGGGCCGGCACUAGUUAGCAUUUUCCUUUAAGUUUUAACCAUUGUUGUAACUCUGUCGUAAGUUUAUGGCAUAAUCAUUAGCAAGUAGUAGGGAGUGUAUUCUUUUAACUUCAAACUGUAAUUAUUGCACAGCCGUCUGUAUAAUCGUCAUCAUAUUGCAUUCUCGGUCUGCUGCCAGAUAGCUCCAAGGUAUGUUCUCGUUGGGUAACUAUCUGGUAGGUAUCUGCAGUCUUUUGUGGGAGAGCAUUACUGGGCUAGCUUAACACAAGGCAUUAGUAGCCUAUUUUAUUUUUA